AUGGAGACUGUUAUGGACGUUCAAGGCUUGUGGGAGUCCGUUGAAUCGCCUGCCAAUGCUGUGUUAGACGAGAAGAAAAACAAAACGGCUCGAUCAUUCAUCUUCCAAGCAAUCCCAGAAGACGUCUUGUUGCAAGUGGCAAAGAAGAAGACGGCGAAGGAGAUUUGGAAAUCAUUGAAGACGAGAUAUGUCGGUGCCAAUCGGGUUCAGAAGGCACGUCUACAUACUGUCACUGUUGGUGGGUAUGUGACACACUGUGGCUGGAACUCAGUGCUGGAAGCCACAUGUGCUGGUGUGCCUAUGAUAGGGUGGUCGUUGAUUGUGGAUCAAAAGUUAAAUAAGAUUAUGAUGGUUGAAGAAAUGGAAUUGGCUCUCCCAAUGGACCAGUCAGAGGACCGGAAGGUGACGGCUGCAGAGGUGGAGAAGCGGGUUAGGCAGUUGAUGGAAUCGGAGGAAGGGAAGGUCGUUAGGGAGAUGGCGAAGGCUAGGAAAGUGGAUGCGGCGAGGGCACUGAGCGAAGGAGGGUCUUCUCGAGUGGAAUUGAAAAGAUUGGUCGAGUCAUGGCAACCGACAACGACUCUUAUUGGAAUCUAA